AUGGUAGAGAUACUCGAAAAUAAAGCAAUGGGUGUGCAAACGUUCCAAUCUACUGAUGGAGUCAGUGAUAACGUCCCGGUUGAGGAGAUGGACGACGAAGCUUUUUACAAUAUCCAUGCACCUUCAAAAAAACGUUUACUAGUAUUUAUAGUAUCUACAUCAUGUCUUAUGUCUCCAAUGAGCUCUCUUGCGCUUUUACCAGCCACCGUUGAGAUAGCUAGUGAUUUUCACUCGACAGGCACCAUUAUAAACAUCUCCAAUGCCUUGUACUGCAUAGUCAUGGCCAUUUCACCAUGUUUAUUAGGUCCAGUGGGAGAUUUAUAUGGAAAGAGGAUUGCAUUUAUCGUCUGUCUUUUGAUGUACACAGUUUCAACCAUACUAGUAGCUGUCUCGCAAAAUUUAGCGAUGUUCUUUGUAUUCAGAAUGUCAACAGCACUUUUUGGCACUGCCUUCUUCUCAACGGGCGCAUCUAUAAUUGGAGACAUUUACAGGCCAACAGAAAGGGGUACUGCAAUGGGAUGGGUUUUAUCUGGUACCCAAAUAGGUCCUGCUCUUGGUCCCCUCAUAGGCGGAGUUAUCGUCACUUAUACCUCAUGGAGAGUGAUAUUUUGGACAUUGGCGGGACUUGGUGCCUUUGACUUUUUGUUGGCAUUCACAAUAUUACCUGAAACUUCUAAACACCUAGCUUAUAGAUCUUUGAGAAGAGAAACGGGUAAGAAAUUGAUCUGGAUUCCCUUCAAUCCAUUUAGAGUUAUAUUAGCAAUGCGACACAAAGAGCUCAUUCUAGCUGGUAUAAUGAGUAGUUCGAUACAUUACAACAUGUAUAUCUUGCUAACUCCUAUCAGGUAUGUAAUCAACCCGAGAUUCAACCUUGAAAAACCCAUUUAUGCUGGUUUGUUCUAUUUACCCACUGGAGUUGGUUAUCUAAUUGGGUCUUUUUUUGGUGGCCGAUGGGCUGACCAUAUUGUCAAAAAAUAUAUUAAGAAAAGGGGAAAGAGAGUUGCAGAGGAUAGACUUCGGUCUUUGAUACUAGCAUAUGGGUUGGGCUUGCCAGGAUCCAUCCUUGUAUAUGGUUGGUCCAUAGACUCAAAAAAAGGGGGGAUGACCCUACCUAUAAUUGUUAUGCUCUUUUGUGGUAUAUCUCAAACGAUUUGUUUCCCCAGCUUAAAUGCAUACUGUAUAGAUUGUCUACCUCAUUUGAAGGGAGAUGCUAUUGCAUCUAAUUACAUGAUAAGAUUUGUGGCUGCUGCUGUAGCAUCUGCAACUGUGUUAACUCAAAUUGAUAAUGUUGGUAUUGGAUGGACAUGUACUAUCUCGUCAGUAAUACUAUGGAUUGGAUUUGCUUGUGCUUUGAUAUUAAUUUAUGGUGGUUUUAGAAUUUACCAUAUAUGA